AUGGAUAAAAUUCCAGUAACCAUUAUUACUGGAUUCCUAGGAACCGGAAAGACCACAUUGAUUAGGAGAAUUUGUUCUGAGUUGAGUCACAAAAGAGUUGGGGUCAUUCAGAACGAGUUUUCUGAUUUCAUGGGAAUUGAGAAGCCGAUUUUGAUGAAAACUGGUGCCACUGUUUACGAACUUCCCAAUGGCUGUCUUUGUUGCAGUGCAAAAUCUGACUUGGUUUCAGCCCUAGAUUCAUUCCUCCAACUGAGUGAUAGAAUAGACUGGAUUAUCAUAGAAUCAUCGGGUACUUCUGACCCGAUUACUCUAACAGGUAACCUUUGGCUAGAUGAUAAUCUGGAAUCUAAAUUAAAACUCGACGGAGUGGUUUCAAUCACAGAUGUCAAUACCCUUAACUUAUUUCUAUCUCAUAAAUCUCCACCUUCUAAGGAAAAUCCGUCAUUAAAUGAUGAGGCUGCAAAGGGUAAAGGAGAAUAUUCUGAACUAUUUGAAACCUUUUCUAAGCAGUUAUCGGUUGGAGAUUUGAUAGUCGUUAAUAAGACUGACAUAAAUCCCAUGUCAGACGAACUCAGAAAAUAUCUGAAAUCUGUAAACAGUAGUAAUGUAGUUGAGUGCGUUAGGUGUGACUUUGACCUUAAUCUUCUUUCCGACCUCGGGACUUUUGAGACUAAAAAGUUACUUUCUAGUCACAUGAAUUCAGAAGGGAUAUCUAUCCAUGUUCAGACCAAGCUCACCAGCAUUUGUAUAAAGAGUUCAAAGGUGUAUUCUUUGAAGUAUAUAAACGAUACUAUAUCAUCUCUGCUAUGGGAAAAAGAUGACGUUUACAGGUGUAAGGGUAUUUUCACAGCCAUUAAUGACUGCUCACUAAUUUCCAAGGAUGACGGAACCGUCUCUACUUUUGAGUUGCAGGGGAUUGGGAAACUUUACGAAAUUAAUCCUGUGGAGGUCGAUAUCUCUGAAAACAUCUUUCUUUUUAUCGGAAACCAACUUGACAGACCUUUUUUAAGUGAAUUAUUUCUCUAA